AUGUCUAAAAAUUUGUUACAAAAAAGAACAAGAACAACUGUUAGUGAGUCUUUAAAGCGAGAAAUAUGCGAGUAUAGUCAAAAAAAUCCUAAUAAAAAACAAAUAGAUAUUGCAAAACAUUUCAAUUUCCAAAAUUCUAGCUUAAAUUUAGAUCGGUCUACGAUUUCUAAAAUUUUAAAUGAUAAAUCAAAAUGGUUAGCUGUUAUGGAUAAUCAGUUAAAUUUUACGAUUUUUCGACGUAAACAAGUAAAAUAUCCUUUAUUAAAUCAAGCUAUGUGCCUCUGGGUUGAACAAGUUACCACUGAAGAUAUGAUCCUAACGGAGUUAAUGAUUAAAGAAAAGUUUAAACGGCACAAUAAUCUUAAGAAUUUUUGGUUACAUGGAGAAGCAAAAAGUGCACCAUUGUCUUUGCUUUCAGAAUAUAGACAAAAACUGUAUGAAUUAAUUGAAAAAUAUACCUUGAACAAUAUGUUCAAUGCAGAUGAGACAGAGCUCUUUUUUCAUAUAUUACCAGACCAAACACUUGUAUCUCAAUCAAAACCUGGAUUUAAAAAACUUCAUUAUGAUAUACUCUCAUUAUAUUGA